AUGGCGGCCGAACAAAGAAAGCUGCUCGAGCAGCUUAUGGGAGCCGACCAGCUCGUAGGAACUGGCGCAGGCUCCCGUAAUUCCCAACUCUCCAUCACAGACUCGAAGGUCUGCCGCUCGUACCUCGUUGGCACCUGUCCGCACGACCUCUUCACCAAUACAAAGCAAGAUCUUGGGCCUUGCCCGAAAGUGCACAGCGAAGGAUUAAAGACCGAGUACGAGACCGCAUCCUCGGCCGAGAAGGCAAAAUGGGGAUUCGAUUACGAUUAUAUGCGCGAUAUGCAAAAGUACAUCGAUGACUGUGACCGACGGAUUGAGUCUGCGCAGCGCCGACUGGAGAAGACGCCUGAUGAGAUUCGGCAGACGAAUGACCUGCUCAAACAAAUUUCCGACCUAGCAAAGUCCAUCAACACAGGCCUUCUCGAAGUAUCGGUACUUGGCGAAACGGGGUCUGUCGCGCAAGCUCUGAACGAACUGCACAAAAUCCGCACAGCAAAGCACCAAAAGGAGACAUGCGAACGGGAACUAAAGAACCUUCAAGACACAUCUGGGCCCUCAGGUCACCAAAAGCUACAAGUCUGCGACGUUUGCGGCGCGUACCUCAGUCGACUCGACAACGACCGCCGCUUGGCUGAUCAUUUCUUCGGAAAGAUGCACAUGGGCUACUCCGACAUGCGCAAAGGUUUCAAGAAGCUGAGCGAGGAGCUCAAGGGACGACCUCCACCUAUUCGGCACCACGAUGAGGAAGAGGGUGGCGGAUGGGGCGGUCCGCGCGGUGGUGGAAGAGGCCCUCGAUAUGGUGGCGGGGGUGGAUAUAAGAAGCGGGGUGGUCGGUGGUGA